AAUGUGCGCAACUCUACACCUAAAAGCAUCACUCGAAAUAGAGGCUCGUCAGUGUAUCAAGAUGAAGGCCGAAGAUUUGAAAGAAGCCCAAGAAUAUGUUACAGACAUUUUCGCCGAGCUCCGACACCUUUUCAAAUGGCAAUUAUUGGCCGCUUUCACGUGUUUUUACCUGGCCUAUGUCCUGGGUGAUUUCUCGUUGGCUUAUUUUAUUUUGUGCGGAGCCGGAUUCGCCCUGCUUAUUUGUACCAACUACAACUCGCUUCAGGUUGCGCAAGAUGGACGGGCUGUUUUGAUCACCGGAUGCGAUUCCGGAUACGGAUACGGACUGGCCAAGAAAUUGCACGCCAUUGGGUUCACCGUCUUUGCGGGUUGUUUGGACGAGAAGAGCAACGGAGCCAUCGAAUUGAAAAGAUUUGACCAAGCGACUGGACAACUUCACGUCAUCCGAAUGGACGUCACAAAUCAGGAAGAUGUCGACAAAGCUCUCGAAUAUGUUAAAGACAACCUCCCGGUGCAAGGCCUUUGGAGUGUCGUCAACAAUGCCUCCCAAUCCUGCUGCACAGGCUUUUUGGAAUGGACGUCUAACGAAGCCUAUGAAAAGGUCAUGUCGGUCAAUUUGUUUGGCGUCAUCCGCGUGACAAACGCUUUCCUGCCGCUCAUCCGCAAGAGCCAAGGAGGGAUCGUCAAUGUCUCCUCCAUCCUCAACCGGACUCCGUCUCCAUUUAACGGCCCAUUCACCAUUACAAAAGGCGCCAUCGAGUCUUAUUCGGCCAUCCUUCGACUGGAAAUGAAACGUUUCAACGUUCAAGUCGUCGUGGUCGAGCCGGGGAAUUUCACGGACGCCCUUAACUUCAAUUCGGACAAAUUCAAUUUCUCCCGAACGGUGCGGAGAAUGUGGGAUCAAUUGGACGACCAGCUCCGGAUGGAUUACGGCAACAACUGCGUCGAAAAACAGAUUGAAAUCGGUCAAAUGGCCAUGGAAUUGUCGGAGAAAGACACGAGCGCCGUCGUGAAUGCCAUGGCUCAAUCGAUUGCCCAAUUGCGUCCAAAGGAUCGAUACAUAAUCGCUUCGCCUUCUGAAAAAGUCGUGGCUUACGCCAUACAAUGUUUGCCCAAUUGGAUGACCGAUCACCUGAUUCUCGCACUGGAGACCAACACAUCUCUGAGCAAUUUGUCCGGUUUCGAGCCUUUCAUUAUUAUUUAAUCGAAUUUUGUUUUAUUUUAUUUUUACGCCAUUGAUUUCGUUACACGCAAUCUCGUACGAUCAUCCGGGAAAAUCGAAUUAGUUGAACAUGUUGAUUCGUCCA